UUGGGUACCAGGGCGCGGUGCGGGCGGAAGUGGUGACGCUGGCGUCCCCGGAACCUGCGGCGGGCGGCUGUGACGGCCCCGGCGCUGACGGCGGCGGCCCGCGGGGCGGCGUGGACGCCCGCGGCGCCGGCUGGGGCAUCACUGCGGGCCUCGACCCCGAAAUGGCGCUGCUAGCCGAACACCUGCUGAAACCGCUGCCCGCGGACAAGCAGAUCGAGACCGGGCCCUUCCUCGAGGCGGUGUCCCACCUGCCGCCCUUCUUCGAUUGCCUUGGGUCCCCAGUGUUUACUCCCAUCAAGGCAGACAUAAGCGGCAACAUCACGAAAAUCAAAGCCGUGUAUGACACCAACCCAGCCAAGUUCCGGACCCUGCAGAACAUCCUGGAGGUGGAGAAAGAAAUGUAUGGAGCAGAGUGGCCCAAAGUAGGGGCCACACUGGCACUGAUGUGGCUGAAAAGAGGCCUCCGCUUCAUCCAGGUCUUCCUCCAGAGCAUCUGCGACGGGGAGCGGGACGAGAACCACCCCAACCUCAUCCGCGUCAACGCCACCAAGGCCUACGAGAUGGCCCUCAAGAAGUACCACGGCUGGAUUGUGCAGAAGAUCUUCCAGGCAGCACUGUACGCAGCCCCCUAUAAGUCCGACUUCCUGAAAGCACUCUCCAAGGGGCAGAAUGUGACAGAGGAGGAGUGCCUGGAGAAGAUCCGCCUCUUCCUAGUCAACUACACGGCCACCAUUGAUGUCAUCUAUGAGAUGUACACCCAGAUGAACGCCGAGCUUAACUAUAAGGUAUAGGCGUGCCCACCGCUGGACACGCCCCUGACUCAUGGCCACACAGAGAAACAGGCAAACCAGAAUCACUGUGAAUCAAGUCUGUGAGCUGCCCCUGGCCUGCGUCCCCCAGAGCGGCCCAGGGUCCUGCCAGAGUCUGCAGGGGACAGCCCUCGUUUUUUAAGUCUUUUUUUUUUUUUUUUGGUCUAUUCUAAAGGACCAAUAAAUAAUGAUCUUACUUCCAAAUCUCCUUGGAAUUUCACGACAGCACAGACUGACUUUAUAGCUUCAUUUCAGCGUGGUAAAAAUCGAUUAACACUUCUAAUAAGUCAAGUCCUAGGGUUUUUUGGUUUUGUUUUGUCGCCAACGAGGAACACAGCUCUGGGGGAAUGGUGUCAUCCACCUCACUUUAAAAAUAAGCACAUGAUGGCCGGGCACCAUGGCUCACGCCUGUAAUCCCAGCACUUUGGGGGAGGCCGAGGUGGGCGGAUCACCUGAGGUCGGGAGUUUGAGACCAGCCUGGCCAACAUGGUGAAACCCCAUCUCUACUAAAAAUAUAAAAAAUUAGGCGUGGUGGCUCAUGCCUGUAGUUCCAGCUAGCUACUCAGGAGGCUGAGGCAGGAGAACUGCUUGAACCCAGGAGGUGGAGGUUGCAGUGAGCUGAGAUCACACCACUGCACUCCAGCCUGGGCAACAAGAGCAAAACUCCGUCUCAACAAAAAAAAGAGGUGGGUGGAUCACUUGAGGUCAGAGUUUGAGACCAGCCUGACCAACAUGGUGAAAUCCUGUCUCUACUAAAAAUACCCAGGCAUGGUAGCACACGCCUGUAAUCCCAUCUUCUUGGGAGGCGGAGGCAGGAGAGUCGCUAGAACCCAGGAGGUGGGGGUUACAGUAGCUGAGAUCACGCCACUGCAUUCCAGCCUGGGCAACAAGAGCGAAACUCAGUCUAAAAAAAAAAAAAAAAAAAGCACGUGACCUUAUGAGGCUCUCGCUGUAUUGCUAUUUUGGUUAUUUUAAGGACUAUAGAGAGUUUGAUUUGAAAUUAUGCGGGGCCCCAUGUGGGAUUUUUUUUUUUUUUUAAAAAGCAAACUGGCAUGUAUUCUCAUGUGGUUUGCAUAGCCCAGCCUCACAGCACUAUUGUAAACCCUGCUCUUUCUGUCUCGCGAGACAGGUUUUUUUGUUUGUUUUCUUUUUUCUGUUUUUUUUUUUUUUGUUGUUGUUGUUGCUGUUGUUGUUUUACAGCUGAAACCAACCAGCAAGCCCUUGAUGACCAAGAGGCGUUUCUUUCAAAGCUAUAGGGCACAAACAAUUGACCAUAGAUGACUCUGUUUGCAUUCUUCAGAAGAAUUACUUCCUUCAGGGACAGAUUUUUCAACCUAAGAAACUACCUACUGUGUGUAUUCUCUUGAUGGGAAGAGAUGAACCCUUCAGCCGCUAAGAUUCAAGAAAACGCCUCACUGCCUUAACCUUAACUGUUCUUCCUGGCGCUACAAAGAGCUGUAUUUUUUAAAGUGCUGGGGCAAACAAAGCAACCCCAAAAGAAUUGACGUGUGUUUUAAAAGAAAAAACCCAAUGAGGAACAAUUGGUGAUUUUUAUGCAGAAACUAAAUAAUCCUUAAUAAAUAAAUCUCUAUUUUGGAAUCACA